CCCCAGCCACCAUCUUGUGCGCUCGCCCCGGGAGGUGCGGAACAAAAGCCAACAGGCUCCAGGUUUCGGCGCGCCGCAGUGGGAGCCAAGAGCAGAUUUAUCAGCAGGAUUAGGCGGUGCAUCUGCCUCUCUGCCCGGGACAUGUGUUUGUGGGUGCCUAGGGCCACGGCAACAUGCAAAGGGGGGGAUAAGGUAUAUUAUGGGAUAGAUGCUGAGGUGGCAACGAGUAAACUUCGUCUCCAAACUUUAUCUCUGUUUAUCGAGCUGCCCCCCCGUCUACCUCUGCGGUGUCUGUGUUUGAGUGUCUAUUUGGCUGGGUAACCGGGGGAGACAGGAGUCAGCACUACUGUCCCAGAGAGACAAGUCAUGUAAUUAAAGCUUCACAGCCUUGAUUCGCCUACUUAAAAGAUCAAGGCUGGGUCCUUUUGGGGGCUUUUCGGGUUAUUAUCUCACUAGGGUGUCAUUAAAGCCAUAGAAUAGAUUGUAUUAUUCCAUUGGUGCUGCAUUUAGGUGUUUGAAGGUCUUCCAUCCACAAAUAGCAUCUGAGCAGCUAUAUUUGUGUACGUGUAUGUGUUGAAACUGGGAAGAUUACCUUCAUUUGAAAUGGAUACUGUAUGCUAAGGCGGGUAUGUUCUUACCUCGCUGUUUCGAACAGUGGACGCGAGAGAGCCGAUGGUGGGGGUUUGGUGAGUCCCUGAGCUCGUCUUCUAGCAGAGGUUGUUUAUCUAUGUCCCUCGAUAGAAGUGCUUGUGAUAGGAGUUUAAGGAUGGCAGGGACCCCUGUUCAACACAAGCUCGUUUAAUUCAGUUUCGAUUCAACAUAAUUUAAUGUCUGCCAGGAGCUUAAAUGAGCUCCUGCGACGUCAUCCAUUUGUUUACGCACACAAGCCACAGCUAAUCACGUAGGUAUACAUACCGACAGAAAGAAGAAAAAAAACCUAUAUCCUAUAAUAUGAAAUUCUUUCAUGUGUUGCUUUGAGUAACCACAUGCCCACGUGGCAGUUUGUUUGAAACACCUGCCGAUUCUAUUCAGUUUUAAGCUGUGCCCAUCUGCACGCACAUGCACACACUCGUUAUUAUGUGGACUCCCUGACAACAUUCUCUCUGUGUCAUAGAUCAGCGAAGUAGUCCAGUCAAAAACUUUGAAGGUCGUACUUCUGAAUGAGUAGCCUGCGCAGGAAUUUAGAUAGACUUUCAUUGUAUUUCAUCUGGCUGCGGACAAUUUAGCCGUGCUAUAUCUGUGCUGACUAAAGGCGCAAACGCUCUUUUCUAUUUAUGUCUAGUGAAGAUUGUUAUCAGUUAAUAAGCGCUACAACAUUCCAUUAUGGAAGUCACGCAUUUGGAAACGUAGGGACGUACGCAGAACUAAAUGACAAAGCACCAUAUCAAUCAACUUAUCAAACGGUGUGCGUGACUAAAUACGUGGUUGUACCAGGCACCUCUCAUGUUCUAUUUUAUUUUCACAAUUAACGUCUAAACGUGUCUUGUACAUGGAGGUGAGCACAACAGCUCCUUCCUGUGGUAAAAUGCUGCACCUCCACCAAUGUGCUCAGUGAAUCUUGGACUGCAAAACAGCUUCGUCGAAUGGGGAUAAUGUGGGUUGACUCCGCAGGAAGCAUCAACCGGGCGGGGGCCGUCCCCACGUUUCUGAGGACCCCCACGAUGAUCCAGUCCCACCUGGACAUGAAACCCUUCCUGCAGUUCCCCAUGGACACUGCCCCGCCCCACAGCGUCGGGCUCUUCCCCAACUUCAACGCGAUGGACCCUGUGCAGAAGGCUGUGAUCAACCACACCUUUGGAGUUCCAUUGGUCAAGACCAAACGACCCAUCAUCUCCUGCAACGUCUGCCAGAUCCGAUUCAACUCUGAGAGUCAGGCAGAAGCUCACUACAAGGGGAACCGUCAUGCCAGGAGGGUGAAAGGCAUUGAGACCUCCAAGAGUCGCCCGCAGGAGAGCGACAAGCUUCCCCCUGUGCCCACCUCCUCCCCGUCACCUCCGGUGCCCAUGAUCUGUGCUCCGGAGUCCGACCCAAUCAAAGCAGAUGAACCGCGGGCCGUCGCACAGUUGAACGGGCCCCGCCUGGCGCCAGGGCCCAGCCCGCUCUCCGCCCCCCAGCCCCCCACCCCGGACUCCCCCAGCCCCACCACGGUGUGCCCUCUGACACCCGCCCUCUCCACCCCAGUACAGCCGCCCGUCUCUUCCACCUCCCCCGGCUGCGUCCCCAGCAACCCCGAGCAGGUCGCCGGGGCCCCGGGGGCCGCAGGAGCCCCCGCCGCCGCCGCGGCCCCCGGCAACCCCGAGAGCGAAGAGGACAAAGCCAAGAAGCUGCUGUACUGCUCACUGUGCAAAGUGGCUGUCAACUCCCUCUCACAGUUAGAGGCCCACAACAAAGGCACCAAACACAAAACCAUUCUGGAGGCACGGAGUGGGCUGGGCCCCAUCAAGGCGUAUCCCCGCCUGGGCCCCAAGCCCAUCGGAGAGCAGGGAGGAGGCCCCACCGACCCCAACACUCAGGAACGCACCUUCCACUGUGAGAUCUGCAAUGUGCGGGUCAACUCUGAACUGCAGCUCAAACAGCACAUAUCAAGUCGAAGGCACCGGGAUGGAGUAGCUGGGAAGCCCAAUCCUCUCCUCAGCAGGCACAAGAAGCACAGGGGAGCUGACCUCACGGUGUUCCAGCCAGGAAACACAGAACUACAUAGUGCAUAUCCUGGAUGGCUAAUGGGAAAGACACAGUCUUCUCUGUCCUUCUCUCAGGAUCUCACCAAAGCUCUGGGUGCCGGUCUCCUGCCCAGCCCUCUGGCGGUAGCGGCGGCCAUGGCGGCGGCGGCCUCCUCCAACCACCUGGCUCUCCGGGCGGCAGGCCCCUCGCCCCACCCACACGCCCACCACCACCACCACCUCCUCCAGGGCACGCCGCUGAGCCACGCCAUCCUGCGGCCGGCGCCCGGCCCCAUCCGCACCACCCACGGCCCCAUCCUCUUCUCCCCGUACUGACACCGCUCCCUCUUCCGCACCGCCUCCAGCCAAUCCAAAAAACCCACCCGGUCCAAAAACCCACCAGCCUGCCUGCCCGCUCCCACUCCCGACCCCCACCCAUAAAACCCACAGCACCACAAGACAACAAGGCCAGUCAGGAGCAGCAGCUCCCACCGCCACCCCACCCGUCCCCCCAUCCCACCCAAAAAAAAACUUAAACAAAACAAAAGAUGAAAAAAAAAAAAAAAAAAAAACAACAACGAACAAAAAAACACGACUCGUAUUAAAGCACACUGUGAAGAGGAGAUCGAAUCAACCAAUCAGCGCAAGCAGUCAGUGUAUGAACGCAGACGAGGACUGCGUUUUGGAGACUGCGCCGAGCCAAUCAGCAACUGACAUUUUGACAAGACCAGAGCGAGCGAGAGAGAGAGAGAGAGCGAUGGACACAGAGGAAAGGAGAGCGUCUGAAAUGAGGCUUGUCGUCCCCUCACUCCCCACAGGCCCCAGGGCUCCACUGUGCACUCAGCCAGCUGACAGGGUGAUUGGCAGGAGGAGGAGGAGGAAGAGGAGGAGGAGGAGGAGGAGGAGGGUGAGCUAGCGGAGCAAGAGAGUGCUGCAAUAGAGAAGGGGUGGCCCAAUGCUGGAGACAUCAGAGCUUGCCUUCCCUCUCCCUAACCCUGCAUACACUUCCCUAUUCUCCUUACACACACACACACACACACACACACACACACACAUAAACACGCAAAUACACACGGACACAUUAUACACACACUGUGAGAUGGGAGCAGCUCAUGUUGGAUCCCUGAGAUGCAGGUUUUCUGCGGAGACCAUGAGACGUGCUUCUUCCUAGAGACGCUAAACCCACACACACAGACGUUGCAGGCGUGCAGCAGCGGUUUGAUGCAGACACACAAACUGUCGCCAAGUGUUUCACUCUGUCUUUGGGCUUCAACCGUGUCCUCCUCUGCCCUAUGCACCUCUAAUACAAAAAAAAAAUGUGAGGAAAACAACAACAACAACAACAAAAAAAAGCAAUGAAAAAAAGACAACAAAAAAAAAUCAACAGUUCCAAGUCAACACGUCAUGUCCGUAGGGUUUAGCUGCUUUAAGUGGUCUCUUUCGCUGUGAUCGACUCGUGCCCAUGUAUAGCUUUGGCCUGUGUGGAGACCUCGUGGAACCUCGUGUCUCCCUGGGUGGGUGCCUGCCCGUGGAGGAGGUUGGGUGGGGGGUGGCAGGGUGGCAGGGGGAGGAGGCCGCCCUCACUGAUGCACGCCAGUCAGCCCUCAUUAGCCACUCCCGCCCGUGACAAGAUAUUGGUGUGUCAGCAGCACCAUGGUGUGACGGAGGGUCUGGCUGGGGGGGACGGGGAAGGUGAGAGAGAGGGAUAGAGAAAGAUGGAGAGAGAGAGAGAGAGAGAGAGAGAGAGAGCCGCCGGGGAACACAUUCUCCCAUAAAGGGAUGGGUGUGGGGGGGUGGGCUGUGCAAGGUGAGAGAUGACUUCAGUUUCCGGGGGUCAAUGGGGGGAAAUGACAGCCCAGAGGCUUGGUCUGCUGAUAGCGCAGGGGCCGCUUCCGAGCUGCGGACAGCAAUGUCAAACACAAACAGCCCCCGCAAGGCUGGGAGAACGUGUCAGGCUUCAUAGCAAUCAAACAGCAGUCUGCGAGGAGAGAGAGAGAGAGGGGGAGAGAGGGAGGAAGACAGAGAGACAAGGGCGCCAUCUUGUAUGUUCCCCGUGUCAUUCAUCAUUCCCAUCUUUCAGUGCUACACACACGCCAUCUGUUCGCAGAAACGCACCCUAACAAAUCUCUUUUUGGAUAUCAAAAAAAGGAAUGGAACAGUCGAACUUCUAUUUAUGCUAUUGUAUCGAGUAGAAUAGUCCGAAUUCUUUUGUUUUCAAGGCUGUUGACAUCAGAGAAAAAGAACCCGAAACAUAGCUGAACUAGUGAGGAUGGCUUAUAGCUGUCCAUAGAGUGAAAAGGGCAUCAUUCAGUAGCUGAACCAGGAGUAAGGCAGGAGUAAAGCAGGAGUAGGCUUAUUCCAUUCGGCAGAGCAGAGUCAUAUUGUAUAUAUCAGCAAGACACAGGGAAACCAAGCACACGUUUUACAGCCUCUUCUUGUUACUCUCUAUCGAGAGGUGAUUUAUGCAACAGCGACUCACCCCCACCUGAAGCUUUGACCAGCAAUAGCAUCCCCUUGUGUGUGUGUGUGUGUGUGUGUGUGUGUGUGUGUGUGUGUGUGUGUGUGUGUACCAGUGUACAUGUGUAUAAAUGUGUGGAUCUCAGUCUCCAAUUCUCCAAAUCUGCCCCAAAGUCCCACCCUGGUCACAGUCAUGGCGGAGAAGGGAGUAGGGGUCGGCUAUGACCUUUGACCUUUGAAAUACAAGGUCAUCAAAGAGGCUACACUGUGAGCAGGAGAGGGGUCUCUAUGAGACAAACAGAAACAGUUAUUAGGUUUAGUUUUGAAAAAGAGGGAUAAAAAAAAUACGUUUUUGAAACAGGGGAGGAAAACCAAGAGACUAAAAAGAAUCAUCUUUAAUGGUCAAAGUGGGAGAGGUCUGUAAAAUCCUCCCC